UAGUAUGUGAAAUUUGUUGGAUGAAUUGAAAAAUGGUGGAGUUGGUUAUGGCAAAUGCUCAACUGGGUGUCUCCAAUUUUCAGAGUAAUGGGAUUUUUGUCACGAAUUGUUCCCCAGAGCCGUUUCCUUCAUCUGGGUUUUCGAUUUUUCGGAGACCUGUUUUCGGUGUUAGAUUAUAUGAGAAGAAUGUGAGGAAGAAUCGGGUUUUUGGUAUUAAUUUUGUAAAUUCUAGAACUUUUAUUAGUGCUGUGUCGAAGGAAGGGUCUGAAAUUUUGGAGAUAGAAUUUGAAUUUAAGCCGUCAUUUGAUCAGUACUUGAAGGUUAUGGGGACUGUUAGACUUAGAAGUGAUAAAGAUAAGCAGCAGAAAUCGAAAGAAGAGAAUUCGAAGCAUAAUUCGAGGAGUAGAGGUGUUUCCACGAGACUGUUGUCUGAGGGUAGUGGAAAGGAUGCAAAAUUGGGGGAGCCUGAAGGGAAUUUGAAUCGAGAGAAGGCGUCAAAAGUUGAGAAUCGGUAUGAGUCGCUUGGAAAUAGAAACAGAAUUGCAGAAUAAAGCGAAGGGCAACGAGGGUUUGAGGAUGAAUGUGA